GGAUAAGACAUGGUGGCUUUGUGACGGAUAGAUAGUCCUACUUCACGAGAUCGACUCCCAGGACUGUCUCGAGCAGCGACCAUGAGUCUCCGCCAACCGACCUCGACACUGGACAGCCCUUUCGCUGCUUGGCUGAGCAGCCUGACGAUAGGAGACUCAGAGCGCAAGACCUCUGCUGGCCAGCAGAGGGAGCCGGCUGUAGAGGUUCCCACUGAGAGCUCAGGUCCAGGGCUGGUUCAGAGAUGCGUGGUCGUUCAGAAGGACCAGCUGGGCUUCGGCUUCACGGUGUGUGGUGAGAGGAUCAAGCUGGUCCAGAACGUCCGACCAGGUGGAGCAGCGGUCAAGGCUGGAGUCCAGGAGGGAGACAGAAUCAUCAAGGUUAACGGCUCCCUGGUGUCCUCGAUGUCACACCAGGAAGUAGUGAAGCUCAUCAAGUCUGGAACGUACGUUGCCCUCACCCUCCAAGGCCCGCCCCCUUCGGCCGCUGCCCUGCCCCUGGAGCCCCUCCCCAGCGACCUCCUGCCCAACCAGAGGACGUCUCUGGGGGGCGAGGCCCCGCCCCCGCCGCCCCCGCCCCUGCCCCCCGGUCUGACCAGCACCCCCUCCCAGAGGAUCACCGGUCCUAAACCCCUCCAGGACCCUGAAGUGCAGAAACACGCCACUCAGAUCCUCAGGAACAUGCUGCAGCAGGGAGAGGCUGAGCUGCAGGACCUGAUGGAGGAGCUGUCACGGAACCCCUCCCCCUCGCUGGAGGAGCGAAUCGAAAGUGCCAAGAGGCGGGCCCAGCAGGUCCGCGUCAAGAUCCAGCAAGACCUGGACGGGACGAGAUCGGAAGCUGUGACCAACUACUUGAUAGCAGGCGAAGGUCGGUUGUCGGUGGACUCAAGUGAAGGAGACUUUGAGGCAUAUGAGAGCCCCCACUCCUCCCCCUCCUCCUCCUCCUUCAGGACCCCCUUACACAGGAGACAGGCCUCAGACACACACAUGCUCUCUGACUCGGGAGGGAAGGCCCAGAUCAUUGGGCCGGAGGAGGAGGAGGAAGAGGAGGACAGCUACACCAUCAACGAGAUGGACGGCCCCUUCCAGGAUAUUGAGCUGCUGAAGUCUCGGCCGGCCCACAUGACUGUGUUCAUGAGAUACGUGUUCAGCCAGCUCCUGGACCCCAACCCUCUGCUGUUCUACCUGUCAGUGGAGGCCUACCUGGGCUCCAGUCCUAAGGAUGCCCGCGGCCUCGCCCCUCAGAUCUGCUCCCACUUCCUGGACCCAGAUGCUCCGCUGAAAAUCAGAGUUCGAGAGGAGUACCUCACAGAUAUAGAGGGUCGUCUCCACGCCCAGGAGGACAUCAGAGGGCCUCUGUCAGAACUGCAGCAGCAGGUCCUACCAGACAUCCAGGAGCAGAUCCUGGACUACAGGAACAAGCAGAUGAUGGGCCUGGGCUCUCUGUUUGGAGAGGGAGACCUGCAGCAGCUGGACGGAGACCCUGCCAGGGAGAAGCAGGUGGUGGACAGACAGGUCACAGCCCUCUGGGAGCUGCUCUCCAAGCACGAAGAAGAGCGCAGUUCUCCCCUGGCCUCUGCGGUGCUGCUCUACCUGCGCCACUCGGGGGUGAAGCUGAGAGACUCGAGGGUGUUCCCUGGCCUCGCCACCGAGAGGGAUAAGUGGCUCGCCUUCUUCCCCAAGACCAAGAAGCUGAGCAGCACCAGGAAGGAGAGGGACGGAGAGGACAGGAAGAGGAACCCCAUCCUCAAAUACAUCGGCAAACCCCGGAGCACGUCCCAGUCCACGUUCCACAUCCCGUUGUCACCUUCCGAAGUCCGGCCGGGCAGUGUGAGGAACAUCAUCCAGCAGUUUGAGAACCACGUGGAGACCCCUGGGGAGGAGGGGGGCGACGCCGACCCCCAGAGACCCUCCAGCAGCCUGGGAGAGGAGCGCAUGGACAGUCCCACGGUCUCGGUCCGCCUGGCUCGCAGCGAGUCUCUGAAGGCGCAGGGGGAGGGGCGCCGGCGGGGCGGGGCCCCGGGGGCGGAGUCUGUGCCCCGUUCCCGUAGCGACGUGGACAUGGAGGACUGCGGGGAGGAGGAGGAGGGCGAGGGGCGGGGCCUGAGGCCUCUGCAGCACAGCGCCUCGUCCUCCUCUGGCAGCUCUGCACGGUCCCUGGAGAACCCAACCCCUCCAUACACACCUCGCUCCACACGGAGGAACAUGGACACGCCGGCGGCCCUGCUCCCGGACGCCCCGCCCCUGGAGGAGGAGGUGUGUGAGGUGCAGAACUGGCAGGACACGGUGGCGCCGCACCUCCUCGCCACGCUCAGCUCCCGGGAGGCUGACCGGCAGGCCGUCAUCUACGAGCUGCUGACUACCGAGUGUUCUCACCUGAGGAUCCUCAGAGUUCUGGACCAGGUGUUCUUCCAGAAGAUGAGGAGCGUGCUGAGCUCCGACGAGCUGGCCUGCAUCUUCCCCAACCUGCCCCAGGUCUACAGUCUCCACGCCAGCCUGUGUGAGGCCAUGAGGAACAGGAGGGAGACUCCCGUCGUGCAGGGCAUCGGGGACAUCAUGCUGGCCAGGUUUGAGGGCGCGGCGGGGGAGGAGUUUCAGGAUCAGGCGUCCCAGCUGUGCAGUCAGCAGUCUCAGGCCCUGGAGCUGAUCAAGAACAAGCAGCGCAAAGACCCCCGCUUCGCUCACCUCAUCCAGGAGUGUGAGGCCAGCCCUCACUGUAGGAGACUCCAGCUGAAGGACCUGCUGGUGUCAGAGAUGCAGAGACUCACCAAGUACCCCCUGCUGCUGGACAACAUCAUCAAACACACCCAGGCCGGCUCCUCGGACCUCCCUCCUCUACAGCAGGCUCAGGCUUGUUGCCGCGGGAUCCUGCAGGCUGUCAACGAGGUCGUCAGGGAGACGGAACACCGCCAGAGGCUCAGCCAAUACCAGCGCAGGCUAGACGCCGCCCCCCAGUUUAAGAGUCUGGACCUGACCACUAAGAGGAUGAUCCAUGAAGGGCCUCUCACCUGGAAAGUCAGCAAAGACAAAACCUUAGAGAUCCAGGCCCUGCUGCUGUCCGACCUGCUGGUUCUGCUCCAGAGGGGUCCUGACGAGCGCCUGCUGCUGAGGGGCCCGUCUCGCUGGCUGGGGGGCGGCGGAGGGGGCGGCGGGGACACCAAGACCUCCUUCAGCCCUGUGGUCCAGCUGGACUCACUGCUGGUCCGGCCCGUGGCCACCGACAACAAGGCCCUGUAUGUGAUCAGUACCACGGAGAGGCAGAUCUACGAGCUGGUGGCCGGGACGUCUUCAGAGAAGAACACAUGGAAGGACUUUCUGGAAAAGACCAUCUCAUUGGUUGCCAGCUCGUCACCUUUGAGCAAUCACAGGUCCACGCCUACAUCCUCCCCCAGUGUUGGCAACUCCUCCCCCAUCUCGACAGGCAGCCACAUCUACCAAUCAGACGAUUCCAUGACAGAAAGGUCGGUUUCCAUGGAGACGGACUCCCCCAACGACGACGGUGCGCUCACACCCACCACGCCAACGGACCAAUCAGCAUCUUUCCUCUGCGGUAAUGGGCGGGCAGUGGGCGUGGCCGAGGCAGCUCUCCAAGAUGUUGAAACACUAAGGCAGCUGAUUUUCCGAGACCUAGAGGAGGAUGGGUGGAGCCACAAUUCAGGUGAAACGCCCACCAACGAGACAGCCAAUGAGAAGAGUCCCGUCACUGACAGACAGAGGCCAGAAUACUCAGAGACUGUCCCGGGCGUCAGUCCCAGCCAAUCGGAGGCUGCGUCUGAGGAGGUCCCGCCCCCGGAGGCGGAGCCACAGAGUGUUCACGUUGUCAGGAAAGCUUUGGUUGCGGGCUCUUCCUCUAUCCCUGAUGACAUCACUGAUGAUGUCAGCCUCCUCUCCAACCAAUCGUGUGAGCCGAGAGACGUGGCCAGUGCCCAGGGUAACACCUUCUACCUGGUCAUGCCCGGUGAGCAGGGCGAGAGCCACACUGACGAGCCCGCCGCUGAGCAUGCUCCGCAGGAAGAGGAAGUGAUGUCAUCCCCCGUCCGGUCGGUGGAGGAGGAGGAGGGGGAGGAGGAGGAACAGGCGCAGGUUUACAUCCCGCCCGAGGUCGACCAAUCAGGGCCCGCGCUGCCGAGCGGGGAGGAGGAAUUGGGCCAAUCACAAAGCAGGCGCCAGAGUCAUGUGAUCAAGAACGUGGACGAGAUUUUCCACACGAUCGAGGAGCUGAUGGUCAAGCUGCACCGCCUGAAGGACAUAGAGAAGGCGCACCAGCAGCUCCUCCAAACACUCAGAGAGCCAGCUGUCAAUCAAGAGCCUGUGGACCUCCCCCGUAUCCAGGCAACCGUGGCCAGGACGCCAUCUCUGGACCGGGGCUCGGGAGAAGGAAGUGAGGGAGGACAACUGGAACCUGUCAAGAUUCAGUCUACAGGAUUCUGACCUCACCUUAGAAUGGACUUACUAACACACACACACACACACACAGAACGGGACCCCAGCCGACUCCGCCCGGCUUACCCCAAUCCCAGCAUGCAUCUGUUACCCCCAGAAAACCAGGAAAUUACUUUGGUGUGACAACCACCCCUGACGCCUAAGGACCGCCCCCUCAGAGGGGACCAAAUGACCUUUGACCUUUUAGGAGCAGGAGAAAGCUCAUGAACUGAAUUGGGAGGGGGGAGGGGUAAGAAGGAUGGAGGAAUGAAGGAAACAUGCAUGAAGAACAAGUGAGUGAAAGAGAAAGAUUUGGCAAAGUAGAAAAUGGAAGGAAGGAAGGCAAACUGUAUACUGGGAGAGGAAGUAUUUUGGGAUGUUGAAGGAAAGUAGGGUUUGCGAAACUAGUUGAAGGAUAGAGUUGUACACUGGGAAAUGAAGGAAGUAAAAAAAAAAAAAAAAGUUAAACAAUGUCGGAUGAAGGGAGCAGAAGAGUGUCGUCGAGGCAACGUGACGUAACCAAGGACACCACUGAAGGACCCCCAGCACUUUACCCACUGCGCGCCUCUCAAUCUCUACACAGAACCCAGUCGAUUUGAUUGGUCAGGAACUGGAAAGACCACAUGCGCCAUUGUGGACCAAUGCGACUGCACACCUAGUUUGAGCCAAAAUGGCGGACCCUCUGCCACUGGCUGCUUUAAAGGACGCCAAAGGACUGUGUCUCAUCAAUUCAGGUAAUUUGCACUGGGCCCUGUAGAAAGACAAGGGUCACCACUCAGAAUGGGAAUCAUAUACAUAGAGACUAUAUUCAUAUUCACUCAACUGCUAUGUUCAAUCAGUACCAAAACACAUAAGAGGAGACUGAACACUAUGGAGGAGUGGCCGGACCCAAGAUGGCCGCCGCGAUGCCUAUGGACAGCUGCUAAGCCACGGGAUGUGUGACCAUCUGUGCGUUUAUCCAGCCAGCCUGGGUUUCCUUUGCCACGGGUGGAUGGUCGUGGCUGACAGCAGGGCCUCGGUGCUGUGGAUCACUAAGACUGCUCAGUGAGGCAGAACUGCUCAGACAGACAGGGAUAACUACUACUAACAGAAAGGACAUAAACACUGUUAUUGUCUUGUUUUGUUUUUGUUUUUUUUCCCCCCAAUCAUGUUAUAUUUGGGUUGCUGAUGGAUACUAUCACUACUGUUGUGCGUGCGUGUGUACAUACAGAAGCUCAACUGUGAACCACCCUACUUCCACUGUGUUGGCAGCCGCACCAAAACCGGACUUUGGGCAAACACUAGAACUGAUCUGAGGGACGUUUGAUUUGUGUCCCUGGUGGGCAACUUGUCUGACCUCCUUGGUAGCUACAGUGCGCUGGUGAAGUGAAUCAAACGCAUCUCAGGUGUUUGACCAAGGUUCUGCACCAAACUCUGAAGGAACUGUGGUUCACUCCCAGUGGUAUACCAAUAUAUAUAUAUAUACCGGUAGUUACACAUCCUAUGCACAGAUCCCCUCUAUUUAUUGUGGGAGAAUAAAAGAAAAGAAAUUUGUAAUUAGUUCUGAGAGUAGAAUAUGCACAUCCAGUGUCAAAGACAAAAUAAAAUGACAGUCUGGAGGACAGCUAAACUUGUGGUCUUUACCGUAACGUUUUGGCUUGACGAUGUUCACCUUGAAGACCGCUCAGUUCAAAACGUUGAGCUAAAGAACCUUACCUUUCUUUCACUUCAGAAAAAUGAACGUCAAAUUUGAACCCCCUGUCAUUCUUUUGAGACGUUAUAACCAGCAAACGACUGAUUCUAAGCUGCGUGUGUGCACGCUCCGAUGUUGGAGGCGAUACAGUGUUUUAUUUACCAUACCGUCGCAUGGCAAAGACCUCCCGACUCGCCCUUCUUUCAUUCUUGUUUGGACUAGGAUUCAUUCCCUCUCUGUAUUUCCUCCCCUUCAAGUAGCAUUUAGCCAUCUCCAUUUUCUACCUCUAUUCUUCUGUAAACUCUAAUAGUCUUUUUCAUACCAUUGUCUUAUCUUUGAUGUCUGCGUCACCUCGCUCAUAACGAUGUUACGUCGGAUCUAUAAGAGGUUAUAACUGGCAGUAAAGACGUUUUAAACCUAUCUGUUUUCUUUGUGAGAUGUUGCACAGGGAAGCCCUGCACAGUGCAAACUACUGUAUUCAUACACAGGCGUAAAGACCUCCUUUUUCUUUUUAUAUGGUCUCGUUCACUCAUGUAAUAUAGAAAUCACACCCCUUGUUUUAUAUAUAUGUUAAUUUUUCUGUAAAGCCUUAGUCCUGUCUUUGAUUUUAUUUUUGUAGAUACGGUAAAAAAAACAAAAAACAAAUGUAAAUUAUUUUUUCUCCCCUGUUUUUAAGAAUGGCGAGAUUGUUAGCGGCACAGAAGGAAAAUGAACUCGUGUUUUGUGACAAUAAAAAUAACUGUUUAAAAAGUA